UAUACUCUUUGGCGUAGAUUGUGUUUGUUCGUAGGUUCGUAGGCGUGAAGGUGAGGCGGUGCAUUAGUAUAGCGUGGUUUUCGAAAUAAGUAAUUGAAUUGUAAAUACAACAACAAUGGGAGUGACUGUGGACACGAUCAGCCCUGGCGAUGAGGCCACAUACCCGAAGAAGGGCCAGACUGUGGUGGUCCACUACACGGGCACGCUGACCAACGGACAGAAGUUUGACUCGUCCCGCGACCGUGGCAAGCCCUUCAAGUUCAAGAUCGGCAAGGGAGAGGUCAUCAAGGGCUGGGAUGAAGGUGUUGCGAAGAUGUCGGUAGGCGAGCGUGCCAAGCUGACCUGCACGCCCGACUACGCGUACGGCCAGCAAGGUCACCCCGGCGUCAUCCCCCCCAACUCCACCCUCAUUUUCGACGUCGAGCUUAUCAAACUUGAAUAAACCACCUUAUGAGACUCGAGACUACUCCUAGCCUAGAUACUGUACUUGGGCAACAGUGAAUCAGCCAUGCACAGUGGAUCAGUUGCAAACCGUCAUGUUUUUAAGGUGAUGUUCCCUGUACUCACUUACGUGCGAUAUAAACAGCUAUGGGCAACAGUGAAUCAAUUGCAAACCAUCAGGUUUUUAUGAUGUUCCCUGUACUCACUCAUAUGCAAUUUAAACUGCUAUGGGAACAGUGAAUCAUGUAGGGUACAGUGGAUCAUGAGAAACAGUAAUUUGUCUACCAAUGCCCAAAGCAGUGUAGUAGGUGCUCUGCUUGGUAAGUUUACUAUACCUAAAUGCUACCAGUAGUUUUCGGAAAGGAGAGUCUUGGGUACUUUUCACUUAGCACUUGGGUUAUUUUCAGCCAAACACUAGAUUAAGUCCAGUCAAUUAGGCUAAGCACCACUUGCACCAUCCCACUAACUUGGGGUUAACCAGUUAAUUGUACUGGUAACUGAGUAACCCUAUGUUAGUGAGUGCUGCAUGUGGCCCUAAGAAACCUAGCAUCAAGCCCCAUUCGAAAAUUCAGUCACAAUUUCACUCGAUGACAUUCCAAAAGCAUUUUGACCCGUAGAUGAAAUAGUCGUGUUGUUUUGUAUAAGAUCCUUUUUGAAGCACAAAAUGGGAAUGUUUUCUUGUGGUGGGUUGUGCACGCAUGUGCCGUAUAUAUGUAUACAUAAUUUCAGUCAAGCUCUAAAAUGAAAUAAGAAUAAAUUUAUUGCGAAAA